AGUGAUUGAUUAGGUGUUAGCCAUCGAAGUGGGUUUUGGUUUGUGUUCUUCUUCUGCUUAGGUUGUACUAUUUGUUUCCAUUUCUGCACUGCAUUUCUGGUUUCUCAAACCCUGUAGCGAAAGAACCGCUGUGGAAUCGAGGUUAUUCUUAUGGUAAUGGAGUUUCUGAGGGUAUCUACGCGCCAUUUUGCACGCAUUUUUAGGUUUUGCUUCCAUGAUUAAGAUUCUUUGCUCUGACAGAUUCAACUCUCGCUUUCUUUGCGAGUUGUUGUUGUUGUUACUGCUGCUGUUGUGAGUUGUUCUUGCGUGUUGAGGUGUUUUAGUGAAGUGCAGAGGGGCGGCUAUGGAUCCCUGCCCAUUUGUGCGACUCACCGUCGGGAAUCUGGCUCUUAAGGUUCCGGUGGCGUCUAAGCCGGCACGUUCGGUUGUUCAUCCUUCUUCGUCUCCUUGCUUUUGUAAAAUCAAGUUUAAGAAAUUACCGGUGCAAACAGCUGUUGUGCCGUUUAUUCAACCGGAUAAUCAGUUCCCCGAUGGGCAGGUUCAGUCCACGGCGGCUACUUUUCAUCUUAGUAAGUUUGAUCUCGACAAGCUCGCUGGAAAAUCUUUAUUCGCUUCGAAACCGUGCCUCAAAAUUUCAAUCUACAGCGGGCGGAGAGGCACGACCUGCGGCGUCGACUCUGGAAGGCUCUUGGGUAAAGUGUCUGUACCUUUGGAUCUGGCGGGAACUGAAACUAGGGCAACAGUGUUUCAUAAUGGGUGGAUUUCAGUGGGGAAAGAGUCCAAGGAUUCUUGUGCGCAAUUCCAUUUGAAUGUGAAAGCUGAACCCGACCCGAGAUUCGUGUUUCAGUUCGACGGCGAGCCCGAAUGUAGUCCACAGGUGUUUCAGAUUCAGGGCAACAUCAGGCAACCCGUAUUCACCUGCAAGUUCAGCUUCAGAACGGGCGACCGGGCUCAAAGAUCCAGAUCAUUGCCUACAGAAUCAAGCAUUUCAAGGGGGUGGCUUAGCUCGUUCGGAAGCGAAAGGGAGCGCCCAGGAAAAGAGCGGAAGGGUUGGUCAAUCACCGUCCACGACCUUUCCGGUUCACCCGUCGCCGCCGCUUCAAUGGUCACACCAUUCGUUGCGUCGCCGGGUUCCGACAGAGUCAGCCGGUCCAACCCCGGUUCAUGGCUAAUUCUUCGACCCGGAGACGGCACAUGGAAGCCAUGGGGCCGGCUCGAGGCUUGGCGCGAGCGAGGCGGAUCAGACGGUUUAGGGUACCGAUUCGAGCUGAUUCCGGACACGAACGGUGGGAUGAGCGCGGCGGGGAUUGUUCUGGCAGAGUCUGCUCUGAACAUGAACAAGGGGGGGAAGUUCGUGAUCGACCUUGGUGGAAGCUCGAACGGGAGGUCGACGCCGGCGAAUCCGACGUCGCCGGCAUGCAGCCCGAGGAGCAGUGGAGACUAUGGGUACGGACUAUGGCCGUACUGCGUGUAUAGAGGGUUCGUGAUGGGGGCAAGCGUGGAAGGGGAAGGGAAAUGCAGCAAGCCGAGAGUGGAAGUGAGCGUGCAGCACGUGAACUGCACAGAAGACGCGGCCGCAUUCGUGGCAUUGGCAGCGGCCAUCGAUCUUAGCAUGGACGCUUGCAGGCUGUUCUCUCAGAAGCUGAGGAAGGAACUGUGUCAGCCAUCGGAUCUUGUUGCUUGAGAUUCCAUCUCAUCUCUCCGAAAAAAUGGAACAAAACAAGUCCCGUGAUCCUUUUUUCUCUUUUUCUUUUUGAAUGCGUUAGGGUUUUUUAAAUGGCGCAAUUUGUGGUCGAUGGAUUUUUGAUUCCAUCGUCUAUGUGGAAUUUGGGUUCUGCUAACAAACAUUUUACAGAGUUAUUGUACAGUCUGUAAGAGAGUGAGAGAGAGUAGAGACAGACAGAGCACUGUU